CAGCACAGGAAGAGGAACUGUCUGCGCUGGCGGGUGCCUCUCUGCACCGCUGUGACGGAUCCUGCCUCUUUAUCUCUGCUGGAACAGUGCUGGCUCGCAAGAGAUAACUGUUCCCUGCUCUCUCGGGCAGCAGCUGGAUGAGCUCUGGAUGCAAGGAGAAGGAAAGUUAACAGUGCAGCUCAAAGAUGAAGCCUCCAUCUGGGCAAGGCAUAAGGCUGGCAUGCUUUCUCCUGAAUUUGGCUUCCCUCUGCCUUCCCACCCCACUCUGGAAGGAUCGGAACUCCCUAAUGCAGGAGGAGAAAGCCUGUCAGACAGGUGGCAAUUUGGUGCUGAGUAGACAAGAACAGCAGCUCAGUACAAAGCUUGUAAACCUCAAGAAGAAGGAGGUUGCGACAGCCAUAACGAUGGGGCGAUUUCCUCCAAGCAUGCACUUCUUUCGGGCAAAAGACCUCAUUGAUCAGAGUGCGGUGUUCAGCAUCUUAAAGCGCAUGCCAAAAGGUGCUGUCUUACACCUGCAUGACUAUGCCAUCCUGAGCAUGGACUGGCUGGUGUACAAUGCCACCUACCUCCCUGACUGCUACAUCUGCUUCACCCACAUGGGCACUGUUCGGUUUCACUUUUCCAAGCCUCACCCUCCUCACCCAGUGCCAGCCCAGUGCUCCCAGUGGGUUUUGCUGGAGACUUACCGCCAACAGCUGCGCAAUGUGACAGAGUUUGAUAGCAGCUUGCUGAGAAACUUGACCCUGGUGACGGAUGCCCCUGAGCUGGCGUACCCUUCUCAGACUUUCAUUUGGAAAAGAUUUGAAGAAGUCUUCCUCAUUGCCUCUGGACUUAUCUGCUAUGCACCUGUGUUCAAGGCCUAUUUCUACCAGGGGCUGCUGGAGCUCUAUGAAGAUAACAUACAGUAUGUCGAGAUAAGAGCUAUCCUGCCUCCGGUGUAUGAACUGGAUGGCACCCGGCACAAUAAAUCAUGGUCCGUGGCAACCUACCAGGAAGUGAUCAGGCAGUUUACGAAGGAGCACCCUGACUUUCUUGGAGCCAAAAUUAUAUUUACAGCACACAGGAUGCUGAAUGUUUCCCAGAUUAAAGAAGCCAUCGUCACUGCCAUGGCUCUCAGAGCCCGCUUCCCAGACACCGUGGCAGGCUUCGACCUGGUUGGCAAUGAGGAUGAAGGUCAUUCUUUAUGGGACCUGAAGGAUGCCCUGACCAUGCCAUAUUCCCUGGGGGUCAACUUGCCAUACUUUUUCCAUGCUGGCGAGACUGACUGGCAGGGCACCUCUGUAGACAAUAAUGUGCUGGAUGCAUUGCUACUGAAUACCAGUCGGAUUGGCCAUGGACUUGCCCUCAUUAAACACCCUGUAGCCAAAAGCUUGUCUCUGAAGAGGGAUGUUCCUGUAGAAGUCUGUCCUAUCUCCAACCAGGUCCUGCUGUUGGUAGCUGACUUGCGGAGCCACCCUGCAGCUGUCCUCAUGGCUGAAGGACACCCCAUCGUGAUCAGCCCCGAUGAUCCCCCUAUCUUUGGGGCAAAGGGAGUCUCCUAUGACUUCUAUGAGGUGUUCAUGGCCAUCGGAGGGAUGAGUGCCGACCUGAGGACCUUAAAACAACUUGCACUCAACUCCAUAAAAUACAGUGCCAUGCUACCAGAUGAGAAAGCCAAGGCCAAAGAUGUCUGGCAGAAAAAAUGGGACCAAUUUGUGGCUGACCUCUCUGAUAGCUUUUUGAGGGAGCUUUAGAGGGGAGGAGACACAUCUCAGAAGGCAUUUGGCAAGCCAGAGCGAGCCAGGCUUAUUGCUAAGAGGGGGACUGCUUCCUCCAUGUGACCUGAGCAGAUGAAUGAACCUCAAAGUCUCACCUGGCAAUGGGCGAUUCUGGUAAGCUAGGCUUAAGGCUAAGAAUGGGCUGAACUAUCCUGUGAAAGUCAUGGGCUGGAGGUAAAAGGGAACAGUGAGCCCUUACAGCAACAACAAAAGAACACCCCACUCAAAAUAGUCAUAACCAUUAAAAAUUGGCAAUGCAAUGACCAAAAUCCUGACAUCCUUAUUUAGGAAAAGCAGGCUUUCUAAUUAGAGUUAGCAGGAGACUGCCAGCAUGAGGACCUCUGAAUUUCACCUUAUCAUUACAAAAUGCAGACCUUGUCCGGAAACAGCUAAGACAAACAUCCAACCAUUUGGGACACUGACCUUCAUGAGAGUAAGGACUGAAAAUUACUCUUGUUAUGUUUAACCCUGGGCCUGCUGCCAAAAUAGCACUGCUAGGUCGAAGAACCAGUCAUAGGUCUGAUGUUUGCUAUUUCAGGACCUACCAUGGCUGGAAACGAGCUGAUGGAACUUGCUCCCAGAACAUUUAAGCCUGGUUGCACAGUGAUCAUAAAGCCAAGAAGAGGUGCCUCAGUUCCCAAAGCAAAAUCUUUUCCUGUCCUCUGGUCAGAAGGAAGCCAAAACACUUUUCAGCUGAGAAAAAACAUCCUGGCUUCCUCCAUCCAGCUUAAUUGAAACUGUCCCCCUGCACUGGGCCAUAUUACCAUAAGGCCUCUGCAUUUAUAGGAAACACCUUUUGAUUUCAUGGGGUUCUGCUACCAGCCUUUGCUGCCUAACUCAGAGUGCAAAUGUGCCCUCAUUCAGCCUGUUAGACAGAUUUUCACCCUGGUAGAGAGCUACUCUCACAUUGUGGAUAUCCAUAGUGGUCACUUUGACCUCUGUAGUUUCCAGCUCUUUAGCAAAAAGGUAUUGCAGAAAACACAGAAUAAAUAGUGUCAUGACAAGCAAAUUCCCUUUCCUAACAUCAUCCAAAAUAUCAGGAAAAAACUAAUUGCAGCUAGAUUAAAAAAAAAAAUCUUCAUCAGGAUUCUAAAUAAAUUCAGCAAAAUCCUUUGGCACACAUAUCCCAAGUACACAGCCAGGAUCCACCAGUGUCUCUCCCUGACUUCAGUACAGUUAUGCUGGUCUGCAUCAGCCAGGGGAGAAUUUACAGAAGUUCCCGCUGAAAGACAUCUCCCUCCUCUGAGCCACAGGCUUGUGAGGACUGUCAUUUCCUGACCUGACCAGCUUGGGCAAAUUGGCUCUCAUUCUGUUUUCUGCUAAUUGUCUCAAGCUGGCUGCCCAUAGUGUUUAUUUCCACUGACCUUGCUUAAAACACCUUAGCAGGAGGCAAAUAUACUCACUACAGAAGCAGAUCAAGCUGUGCAGCCCAUGUUAAAUUGCCCAUGUUUCACAGGCUGCAAGUUCACCUCCAGUCAUCUCAGGGAAAAAAAAAACCAAAACAACCCACACUACAAACCCCACAACAAGGAACAAAUAAAACCACAAGAAACCAAAGGUCUCUAUAUUGCAAAAGUCAGCAACACAAACCACAGAAAGCAACAAGCGAGAACUCAGUCACAGACCUCACUAACCCGCAGGGUUCAGUGCCUCACACCCCCAGCCCUGUUACAGCCACAGCUGCCUCUGCUCCAGCUCUCUGCCCACAUGCCCCACACCGUCCUCUGCAGCACCAGCAGCUGCUCUUUGCAGGCUUAAAUCCCGGGCCUUGAUGCAGGUUUGACGAGCUUUAUACUGAAGGAGGAGCCAGAGUAGAGCCACCUUCCCUCCUCCUCCACGGAUGUUGUGUACAGAGCGCAGUCUAAAGUCCCCAAGGUAGGCUUUGGUCAUGGUCAGAUUAUAAAUGCUGACUUGGGAAAUUAUAAUGCUGCUGAGGGAGACUGCUGCAAACAGGUGGACUGGCUGCUAACUAGUGACCCAAAGCCAUGUCCCUCUCAGCUCCCUGAUCUUUUGCCUUUGCUAUAUGUGGAUGGGUGAAGAACUUUUACUUGCCCUGAGUUGAUUCUCCCUUAAGUAAGCCUCUUUGCUGCCAAGGUGAAGCUAAUCAUUACAGAGCCAGUGUGGGAGAAGCUGGGUUCCUCAAUACGGGUUGACCCAUGUCCCUUCCUCUUCUGCUGCUGUGGAAAGGUUUCAGCUCUUGCCAAGCACGGUCUCUUGAGGGCUUGACCAACUGAUGGCUUUUUGGUUACCUGUAGUGCUCCCUCCUCAUAACCCAUGCUAGCAGCGUGACUAGAUCUUCUGUUUGCCAGACAUUUGCUGGGUCCAGUUUACCUGCUGUGCCCAGUUUGUUCUUGCCUUCCCAGGAAAAGCCUGUUGUGCGCUUGGCCAUUUACCUACUUUGCAUCAGGAACUGCGACGUGAUGUGGCCCGGUGUCUGGAGCCAUCAGUGGGUGACGCUGUUUGGAAUUACAGCACAAAAAUCACUGGGGUUUAAAAUCGUACAGGUCUGAGGUGAUCUUAAGGUGAAAACCUCAGAAAGUUGAGGCCUGACUCUACAGGGCUGUGUUUGGUUUUGUGACUAGCCUAGUGACUCUGCUUCUGCUGAUGGUAUUCCUCUUGGGGUUGGUCAGAUAGAAGAAGCUUUUCCAUCCUGAUCACAUAUUUUUAAAUGAGAACCUGAACCACAAUGGAAUAUCUGAAUGGAUUGAUCUUUCUUGGAUGGAUCAAGACUGACUCCAGUGGCGUAGCCUUCCUUGUACUCCUCCUUGAACAGGGCAUUGCCAUGUCUGGUGACUGGGGCUUCCCAAAAGUCCUCGUGGGAAGUAGCUGGGCUUUAACCAUUCUUAGGGCCUUAGUGAGUCUGACAGGAGGGCCAGCCUGCUUUACUGCUGGGGAUCAACUCUGCCUUAGACUGAGCCUUUGUUUGGAGAAAGGUACAAAUGGAGAAACCCAGACGGCAUUCUCACCUCUCUGACUGCAGGUGUUCACAAAAGGAGGGAUUUAGGCUGGACCGCAGCAGUUAAGAAAGAUCAAUCCAUUCAGAUAUCCUCAAAGCUUUGGGUAAAUUUGGCUGCGGAGCUUCACUGAGACUCAGCUUUUGAGCAUUCGCAGUAACUUUUCAAGGAUUUUGCUUCCAGUCCAUUCCUUUAUCCUCAGUACCUUGGCUCCCUGCUCACAUUUGUUGGGAAAUACAUUGCAUACAUAAUGCUUUCUUGCCUGUCUCUUUCAGAAAAUAGUAUAUAUUUAAAUUUUUAAACCUCU